CAAAUGAGUUGGCCAAGAAUAUCGAGUUGCUUAGUCUAUAGACAAUUCAGUCAACAGAAUUUCAUCCGUAUUAAAGACCUAUUAACAAGAUAUCGAUCAGUUUUCGACUAUCACUUAAUACAUAAUCCGUUUACAUAAUUCUAUUACAGUUCUAGUUUAUGUUGUUGUUAGUCCGAGCAAUCAAUCAAUCAAUCAAUGGAUAAAUCCAUAUCCUCAUUUCAAUCAUUUUGAAAUUCAACGAACUGACCUGUGUGUUUUAAGGUAACCUGUUUUUAUUGGAAUAGGUAAAGAUCAACUGAUCUUGGGAACGAUAAAUCGUCAACGAUAAAUUCCCCAAUAGCAACAACAACAACAAACAUUUCAAUAGUGAAAUGAAAAUCUGUUCAAACAGUUUCAACUUUACUCUAAUUAUAUUUUGCUACUCUAACAAUCAAAUGACCUCAUUACAUUGAGCAGAAGAAGGAGAAGAAGAAGAAAUAGAAGAAGAAGAAAAGAAGAGAGUUUUAACUAUCUAGUAUGAUAAUAAUAAUAAUAAUAGCAAUGAUAUUGGUCCAAUAUAAUCAUUUUAUCGAACAUACGAUUGGAUAGUUCCACUCGUAUAGUUUGUUCAAACAAAUACUCGUGAUAUCCUACACAAUCUAUGUAUAUAUAAAGAGAGACACAUUUUUACAUAGAGAUGUAUGAGACUGUCUCAUUGAAAUAACUAAUUAACAACUAACCAACUAACAAACGAUGAACAGUUUAGAAUCGUAUUGUUUAUCAUGUAAAACUGGUGCAAUUGUAGAGAAUCCAAUGAAAACUCUUCCAUUGAAAUGGAAAGCAUGGAACACAUUAAUUGAUCGAUUGCCGGAGCUAUCGAGAAAUCGAAGUUUGAGAAAAGAAGUAGAAUUAUUACCACUUUUAGAUCUGGACGGUCUUGAUAAUCAUAAGGAAUUGAGAUUGGCACAUAAAAUUCUUGCCUUCAUAUCUUCAGUUUAUGUAUGGCAAGAUGGAGAAGGUGGUGAAACAGAGUCAUUACCAGUACAAAUCGCUAAACCACUAUUACAAGUAUCUGAUAGACUUGGUAUACAACCCAUACUGACAAAUGAAGAUCUCGUUUUAUCCAAUUGUAUUCCUUCAACUUUGCCAAAAGAAGAACAAAGUUUGAGUUUUUUACAAUCUAUACACAACCCCACAUAUCACGGAAGUUGGGAAGCGUUCAUAACUCUGAGUGCCGAAUGUGAACUAUUCUUUGCCCCUAUAUUACUGGAAAUGAUGAAUGCCAUUAAAGCCCAAGAUCCAUUGAAUGAAGAUGUCAUCACAGAAUGUUUAGAAAAUAUAGUGAAAGCAUUUGUACAAUUUAGAAAUGCACUAAAGAACUUUUAUGGUAAAUUGAAUGGAGAAGAAUUCUAUGUCGAUUUAAGACCCAUUUUGUGUGGUUGGUCUCAUGGAAAACUUAAAGACAAGGGUUUAAUUUACGAGACGAAUUCACAACACAUAAAUAAUAAUAAUAAUAAGAGUAAUGAGAAUGAGAAUAAGAAAGCCAUAUCAAGUUGUCCAUUUUCUGGUGAACAAUACACCAGCAACACGGAUCGACGGAAGUGUAUUGGAGCAAGUGCAGCACAGUCAAUAACGAUUCAGACGUGUGAUGCAUUUUUCCAGAUAAAACAUGAUCCUGAGGAUGAAAAAUUCUUCCGUAAUAUGCAGACAUAUAUGAUAAAAGAACAUCGACAGUUUCUUCAAGAUCUAGCAAUGCACAGUCGAAUCCGUUGUAUAGUUGCUGAAAGCAAAUCUUCUCGUAUGAGAACAGCCUAUAAUCAAUGUCUGCAAUCAUUGUGGAAUUUCCGAAAUGCUCACAUAUCAUUAGUUAAAAGAUUCAUUAUACAACCAUCACAAAGUGUAGAGGCUAAAAUAAAACAACUUGAUAUUAAAGGAACCGGUGGUCAAUGUAAGUUGUUUUAUUCAAUCAACUUCUAUUUUGAUUGGGAUCAUGAAUGGAUGAAUGAUAGACCAGAAUGGUAAAACUGGAAAAAGUUGACGGCCGUUUCGUCCUAGUAUGUGACUUGUGAGCAGUGCGCAUUCAAGAUCAUGCUUGCGGGAUUUGAUCAUAGAACAUUCGAUCUCACAUAUUGGAUAGUGGAUGAAACAGUCGUCCAGUGCUCUCAGGUUUUCAAUGGUGGUCUAACAUUCAUCCAUUCAUGAUCGCAAUUAAAAUUCAAGAAUCUCCACAACUCUUCACUGGCAUUUUCUAUUUGUAUACAAUUUUAGGUUUAAAUGUCUUCCUUCAACGUGUACGAGAUGCAACACUAUCUGCAUCUUUGGAUUAAUUGAUUUCCUUGCAAAUGAUAUCAGUUUAUACAAGAAUAUAAUCUUUUUGUUUUAUGCAAAUAAUGA